CGCUCGUUUUCACCAAACGGCCUGAAACAGACCCGUGGAUUUUUGGCUGUGUAGGUACUAUAGGAAUAUAAGCAUGAAAAAGCGCUCUGUGUACCUCUAGCUACUUCACAACAAUCGAGAUUCGAUACCUACUAUCAAAGGGCAUGUGAUUCUGAAUUUCAGUAAUGGGGGUAGCUCUGAGAUGUAUGCAUUGGACACAAUAAGUUUCCCAGGCUUUUGCGGGAGUUAGAAGAGAUACACGGAUAUGGUCCCAGAGCCACUACGUACACUACAUUGAAUGACCUUCAGCACAGCCUCAGAAAACAGCUCCAUAUAAUUAUAUGCCAAUGAAACUCCGUUGAGAAUGGUGUAUUAUUCCGCUUAAUUGACCCAAUAUAAUUAUUUAGCCAGUUUCCCUAUAAUUAUACACAAACAAGUGUCAUCACAGGGGGUGCAUGGUGGUGUCAGUGUGGUAGGCCAGUGGGGAAGAGAAGCAAACAUGCAUUAAUUACUGUAUGCCACAUUAACUGCAAAGUAUCUGAAUUAGUAGACUCGCAAGCCGUCACUGUUGCAUGGGUGUAGUGUUAUAUACAAUGUAUCUCGAAAUGAGAACCCCCGGACACUUUGAUACACCAUUUUCAAAUGAGUUUCAUUGGCGUAUAUGGAGCUGUUCUCUGAAGUGUUACUAAAAGGACUGCAUGUAUCCACUAUCAAAGUUAACAGUCUUGAUGAUAUUCAUGCACGAGUUAAUAUCCUUUUGGCUAGUCAUGUGACGUGUGGUACCAGUGUUGUAGGUUACUAUAGUGAUGCUGCUAUCCUGGUUAUAUAAAGUGAGUACAUUUUGUACAUUUUGUGGCCAGCAAGAAUAUUAUAAUUAUGGCAUCAAAAAUUGAUGAGAAUACUGAUUCUGAUAGUUCAACUGAAACUGAACCUCCUUUUCUUGAAAAGCAUGGACAAAAAAUUGUAAAAAGUCUUGAGAAAAAAGGAAGACUUUAUGAUCACCAGCUUGAAGCUCUUGAAAGCGUUAUCAACUGGUUUUCUACUCCUGCGACAGCCAACCAAACAGCUAUUGUCUCGAUGCCCACUGGCUCUGGAAAGACAGGAGUGAUAUGCUGCUUGCCGUACUACUUUGGGAAGUAUGUUUCUAGCAAGAAACUUCAAGGUAUCGAUUUGAACAAACCCAUCCUUGUUAUUGCACCAGGUAAAGUGAUCUUAAAGCAACUAAUUGAUAAUUUUGUCCCUAGAGAUGACAUUUGCAAUUCUUUUCUAUUGAAAAGAGGCCUAUUCAAUGAGAAGAAGAAAAUACAAAGGUACCACUACAGAGCCCAUAUCAUCAAUACAGCUGAUGACAUUGCACCCUUCACCUUAUGCCUAUAUCACAUAUGUCUUGUCAAUUCCCAAAAAGGUCAUACGAAGUCGAGAGAAAACAUCUACACUUGGAGUGAAUUGGAUGAAGACUCGUUCUCAGUAGUGAUAGUGGAUGAAGCCCAUCAUCUUCCUUCUAAGACAUGGAAAGAUAUUAUAAACAGGUUUGAAGCUCAUGCAAAAGUUGUGUUUUUCACAGCAACUCCAUUUCGUUCCGACAAGAAAAAAAUAACCGAGGAUAUCGACAGCACUGGGUUCGCUUAUCAUAUGAGUCGAAAAGAUGCUGUAGAGAAAGAAAUUAUUCGUGAUACAAAUCCAAUAGAUUUAGACCAGAUUGUAGGUUCACGUUAUGUGCCAAGUGAAUCUCUACAAAAAGCAAAAGAGUUGCUUCCGAAAAUCAAGAUGAGACUGGAAGAAAAAAACAGGGAUCAACCGUUACCAGGCGGCACGAAACAUAUGGCGAUUUUAUGUGCUUCAUCUAUAGCCGAUGCUAAGCAAAUUUGUGAAGAGUGGAGCCACAAUUAUUCACCAUUAACAGCUUCAGUGAUUCACAGUGAAAUGUCCGAACCUAAACAGAAAUCUGUUAUUUGCGAUUUAAAGGCAGGAAAAUUAACUCUGAUUAUAAUUGUGCAUAUGCUGCUCGAGGGUUUCGACCACCCACCUAUCAGUGUAGCUGCAAUUGCCACAAACAUUCACUCUCCUGUCAAAUUUGCUCAAUUCAUCGGAAGAGCCCAGCGUGUUUAUCGUCUUGAUGGGGAGCAGGAGCCAAGUGGAAUUAAAGCAGAUAUUAUUUCUGAUGGCUUUUUUAAGCAAGGUAGAAACUAUGAGAAAUUUGAAACAGAAGAAUUGAUUCCACUCGAGGAAGAAACUGACUAAACAUUCGAACUAUUUGUAUGGAACUUGAUGAUGGUAAUGCACAUUACUUAUACUUGCAUGCAUACCACUUUUAUAGGCCUCAGCAAGUACGUAUUGAGUCUUGGAUAAUUAUAUAUAUAUACGUCUUUG